GAGCUUAUCUGUAAUUUGCAUAAGAAGACCCGCAUAUAGGCCUUCUGUGUGGUCUGUCUGCCCUCUUAUUUCCUUCCGGCCGAGGCGACGCGAAGCGAAGCGUUGCGGGCGCAGCCCUUCCUUCUCCGCCACGACCAUGGAAAUCCGUCGCAGGCUUCCGCCGAGCGUUGCCUCUGCAUCCAAGGGGCGCAAGCCUGUCCCGGAGGCUCCCGUGCAGGCCUCCGAUGCUCUCCCCGUCCCGAUCCGCUAUACCAACCUCCUCUUCUCCGCGCUCUUCGCCGCCUCUCUGGUUUUCCUUAUGCGCCGGUGGCGCGAGAAGGUCCGUAUCUCUUCUCCUCUCCACGUCGUUGGCCUCGCUGAGAUCGUUGCCAUCGUCGGCCUUGUAGCCUCCCUCAUCUACCUCCUCAGCUUUUUUGGGAUCGCGUUCGUCCAGUCCAUCGUUUCCUCAAAUGACGAGGAGGACGAUUUCCUCCUCACCGAUUCCGCGGAGCCCUCUGCCACGCCCGCUCCCACUCCAUCUCCCGCUCCUGCGCCUUGCUCGCUUCUCUGCUCCGCUUCGGCCCUCGAGAAAAUUCCAGAUCUCAUCGCUGACGACGAGGAGAUCGUCUCUUCCGUUGUCGCCGGGAAAGUUCCAUCCUACGUUCUGGAGUCCAAGCUCGGCGAUUGCCGAAGAGCGGCCGGGAUCCGGCGAGAGGCGCUGAGGCGGACUACCGGGAGGGGCCUGGAGGGUCUUCCCCUUGACGGAUUCGACUACGCGUCCAUAUUGGGACAAUGCUGCGAACUCCCAAUAGGGUACGUGCAGUUGCCGGUGGGGAUCGCCGGACCACUUCUGCUCAAUGGGAGACAAUACCACGUGCCUAUGGCGACCACGGAGGGUUGCCUGGUGGCGAGCACCAACAGGGGUUGUAAAGCCAUCUUGGAGUCUGGGGGAGCCACCGCAAUUGUUCUAAGGGAUGGUAUGACGAGAGCUCCGGCAGUGAGGCUGCCAUUGGCAAAGCGUGCUGCGGAGCUCAAGGCCUUUUUGGAGAAUCCCAACAAUUUUGAGAUGAUCUCCCUCGUGUUCAACAAAUCAAGCAGAUUUGCUAAGUUUCAGGGCAUCAAAUGUGCACUGGCAGGGAGGAACCUUUAUAUGAGAUUCAGUUGCAGCACAGGAGAUGCCAUGGGUAUGAAUAUGGUAUCCAAGGGCGUGCAAAACGUUUUGGACUAUCUUCUGACAGACUUCCCAGACAUGGAAGUGAUUGGUAUUUCUGGUAAUUAUUGUUCAGACAAGAAACCUGCUGCAGUGAAUUGGAUUGAAGGUCGGGGCAAAUCUGUGGUCUGUGAAGCAAUUAUCAAAGAGGAGGUGGUGAAGAAGACUCUCAAGAUCAAUGUACCAGCUCUAGUCGAACUCAACGUGAUUAAGAACCUUGCUGGGUCUGCAGUUGCUGGAUCUCUUGGAGGUUUUAACGCACAUGCCAGCAAUAUUGUUUCUGCAGUAUUCAUUGCUACUGGCCAAGAUCCUGCUCAAAAUAUUGAAAGUUCUCACUGCAUCACAAUGAUGGAAGCUGUGAAUGAUGGAAAGGAUCUCCAUGUAUCUGUCACUAUGCCAUCCAUUGAGGUAGGCACUGUGGGUGGUGGGACUCAGUUGGCUUCUCAGGCUGCCUGUUUGGACCUUCUGGGCGUAAAGGGUGCAAACCUGGACACCCCUGGGGCCAAUGCCAGGCUCCUGGCCACCAUUGUGGCUGGCGCUGUUCUAGCGGGAGAACUUUCUCUUCUCUCUGCCCUUGCUGCAGGCCAGCUCGUGAAAAGCCACAUGAAAUACAACCGAUCCAACAAAGAUUUCAACAAAGUUGCCCCCUAACCGAUCCAGCUCACAUUAUAGCUCAUAUCUUGUGCUGGGAGGUUGAGUGGCCCAACUCCAUACUGUUCACCAUGUUGGUUUAUAGCUGUGAUGGGAGGGCAUCUCCCUUUCUCUUCACCGUGUUGCCGUUCUUAACUUCUGCCUAGUUAGUACAAUAUAAAAUCAUUUCGAUUUGUUGUUCCUGAGUUCAUUAAUGGUUGUGAUAUAGUGAAGAACAA